UUUCGAUUUUCUACUAGAUUUUCUACUAUGAUCCGUUGGUUUCGCAAUUUCGGAGCUCUUUUCAAGAAGCCUCGUGGUGCAGGGUUAAUGAAAAACGAGCAAACUCAUAAUUUACAGCGAGUUGUUCAGAAUGAUAUAACGUGUCCUGAAGAGCAACGGAGUACAGGAGGCAAAGGUGGUGGAGGUGGAAGUCAUGGUGGUCAUGGUGGCAGUCAUGGAGGUAGCCAUGGAGGUCACGGUAGCCAUGGUGGUAGUUAUGGGGGCCACAGUGGUCAUGGACGAUCUUUUAGUACUAGCAGUGGAUCAAGUGGAUAUCGAGGACUUAGUUCAGGAUCUACCAAUACCAGUUAUUCAAAAAGUACUCCUAGAACUAACAGUGGUUAUUCUACUGGAAAAACCACAAAAACCGCUUCAAGUUCACGAAACUACAGUAAUACGAGUUCCACAAGAUCUACAACAAAACCUAGUAAAAGUAGCUAUUCAAAAAGAAGCACUAAGUCGACAAAAAGUUUGAAUUACUCGAGUUCAUCUUUGGGAUCAAAGUCAAUUGAGAAAUCUCGUCGAUCAAGCCGGAAGUCUGGUUCUCGACAAGAUUCAGUUGCAUCUCGAAGACAGUUGAGAAGUGUGUCGAGCAAACCACAAAAAAAAUACGUGGCAACUGAUAUGCCAAGCACUGUGUCAACUGGUAGGUCAAGAGGUAGAAGUGUAUAUAGAAGAAAUAAUGUCAAUGCUGAUGUUUCCCAAAGGCAAUCCAGAAGCAUGUCGGUAUCUCGUGGAAGAAGCAGGAAUCGUUCUCAAAAUCGUGAAAGAUCUCCUUCGAUUGAAAAAUCUACAAGAAGUCAGCAUGUCAGCAGAAAAGAUGCAUUCAACAGUCAUGACGUGUUGAGUCCUACGAACAGAUCUGGAAGUGUACACCGAAGUCAUUCUGCUCAUCACGAAAGAACUUUUGAGGAGAGACAUAAAACACCCAAUGGAGUUUGGAAUGAAAUGUUUCCUAAAGGAACACUCGUUAUGUACACUGAUGGGUCGUAUUUGAAACGUCCACCAACUUCUGGAAUCGGAAUAUUUGUUGGACCAGGUCACGAAUUGAAUAGAUCGCAACGAAUUCGGGGACCUAUUCAGGACAAUAACUAUGCAGAGUUUAUUGCUGUGAGGACUGCACUGCAGAACGCUUUGAAAAAUGAAAAUUACAGAGACCAGAAAGUUGUAAUCAGAACUGAUUGUUUGAAUGUGAUCGAAGCUCUUCAAGGAACCAGACCUACAGCUUUCGUGGACGUUAAAUCUCAAGUGGAAUUUUUGUCGAAGCAGUUUCCGAAAGGUGUCCACUUCCAGCAUGUUUAUGCUCACGCGGGUGAUCCAGGAAAUGAAAUGGCCGAUCUGUUUGCUGGUCAAGCUUCUUCCAAAUCUCAAAAUAGUUUCGGUGGUGGCCAACGGACUCGAAGUGCAAGCACAGCUAGAGGUCGUUCGAGAGAGCGCAAUCGUUUGAGAUCAAAGUCAAAUGAUCCAUCUUUUAUUCGAUCCAGAAGCCACUCAAUCCACAGCAGAAAAUGAAAGCUCAAAGUCUAAAUUCUUUCAAAUGUGAAAAUGUUUUUUGACAAAUAAAUGCUUCUGAAAU